AAUCAUAUAAUUAGCUUAGCCUCCUUGCAACCACAGCUGUUUAUCCUCACCGCUCUUCCAAACUACCGUCAGCGUGUUCUUCGCAACAGGACCGGAUGCGUGUUUUCUUCUAAACUUCAGUGCGUGACGAAGCACCUGAGGUCAGGUGGGACGGCGCUGCUGCCUCGUGAGCGCCCAAAAUGCGCGCGCCUUCCACAUCAGAGCUGACACUUCAAUUAAUUCCGCCGCUCCGCGAGACAGCCAUGCACUGCGGGACGCGCACACACGGCGAGGAAAAGCCCCGCAAAUGCACACCGAUAACCAUCAAAUGACACCGAGCACGUGCUGGAAGCUUUAACUCCGCUCUGUUUUGAGCUGUUCGGGACUUUUUCCACAACUCUGCGCAGCCCGCAGACCACGCAGCGGUAAAAAUGAGGCCGGGCGGCAUCGUUUUAAUCGUCGCUUUCUGCUCCUUUACCGCUUAUUACAUCUAUGAGCCAAUUCCCGAGGAGAUAGAGGAGAGAUGGAAACUCAUGCUGACCAACUCGUUCUUCAGAACUCUCAGUCACCUGGCGGAUCUUAGUGAAUUAAUGGGCCUGAAGGACUAUAUGGGGGUAAUGUAUGCCAUUACUUUCUUAGAAAGGAUUGCACCUGUGUCUGAUGAGUAUGUUGAGGUGACAGAAGAGACGUUGGAUGGGGUGGAGGUGAUGCUGUACCAGCCGAAGCAGCAGCGUGGCAACGCUGAUCUCAGAAGAGCUGUUAUUUACCUGCACGGCGGAGGAUGGUGUCUGGGGAGUUCUCGAAUGAGUCCGUAUGAUCUCCUGGCCAGAAAAAUCGUCACUGAGCUGAAUGCAGUAGUCCUUUCUGUAGAAUACCGCCUCGCCCCCGCCCACCACUUCCCUGUCCCGUAUGAGGAUGUUUACCGUGUGGUCAAACAUUUCCUCCAGAUGGGGGUGCUGGCCCGGUUCUCUGUGGACCCAAGGCGUGUUGCUGUGUCGGGGGAUAGUGCUGGAGGGAACCUUGCAGCUGCUGUCUCCCAGCAGUUGCAGAAAGAGCCUGGACAGAAGAUCAAGUUAAAAGCUCAAGCCCUCCUCUACCCUGCCCUGCAGGCUUUAGACCUCAACACACCAUCAUACCAGCAGAAUCAAGACAUGCCCAUUCUGCCACGUACUCUCAUGGUGCGGUUCUGGAGUGAGUAUUUCACUAGUGACAAGACCCUCUUUAGAGCCAUGAUGGCAAACACACACAACAGUCCUGAGACCUCGAAGCUUCUCAAGUUUGUCAACUGGAGCACCUUUUUACCAGAAACUUAUCAUAAAGACUACAACUACAGUACUCCUGCUGUGGCACAGGAAGUGGAAGUGAGGGUUGAUGGGAUAGACGAACCUUCUCGGUCUUUUGCCGACCCCAGGGCAUCGCCCUUGUUGGUCCCAGACACACAUUUAUACUCCCUACCCAAGGCCUACAUUCUGACAUGUGAGUAUGACGUUCUCAGAGAUGACGGAAUGAUGUACGCCACGCGGCUCCACGCAGCCGGUGUCGAGGUGACGCACGAACACUACGACACAGGAUUUCACGGAGCCCUGAUGUUCACCGUGUGGCCAACGGACUUUCUGAUUGCACGCCGCAUGACAGCAAACUAUAUUAAAUGGCUCAAAGAAAAUUUGUAGGAACUUUGGCUAUUCCAGUUUUUCCACAUAGUGAUGCAAAUGUUUGGUUCUGUAUAUAUGACUUUUCCUCCCUGUUCUAAAAAGAAGUGUUCUUUUUACUUUUAUUUUUUGACUUUUACAGCAUCAACACAAGCAGCAAACAGGAUUUUAUGUAUUUUUUCCUUGGCAAUAUUUUUUCUGAUGGCAAGUAUAGAAACUCAAACUGUAAAAACCAAAACUGGGGUGGAUCGGGGGCACGUUAUAGCAGGGAAGUGGUCUUUAUGCAGUGUUCCUUUACAAGGGCCACUUCUCAUGGGAAUAUGGUCUUACUAUGAUAGGAAACAUGUGGCCAGUUUCCACUAUCGGAAUUUCCAGGAUGUUUUACCAGACCUUUGAGGCAUGAGUGUGUCUCCUUUCCACCGACCCGGCUCAAAUGAACUAUUUUCUGGGCUAUUUCAGCAACCAACAGAGUACCUGAACUUAAGUAUGUACUUGGAGCGGCCUGGUAGAGUCCGCUCCAAGGGUGGGACUUGGGGUUAACUCAUGCUGAUUGUAACUCUGUAGGAAAUGACAUUGGCAGACGUCGCCAAACAACUGACAUUUGUUGGCGAAGCAGAAAAGAAGAAAAAUAAUAUAAGCAGUGUUGAUGCUCAAUAAUCGCUGCUACACUGAAAAAUGCAGUGGGAAUCCACGACAAUACCAUAAUUCAUUUCACUUAGUGGUCUCAAAGAGAGCUGUAAAAGAUGGUGCUUCACCUUGUUAUUGAACUCCGCCUUUACAUCACAUAGGAGCUCUCCCCAUCCACUAAAUGGGUUAAAUAACGGUGUACUUUUACAGAAUCUUAUUUUUACUGUGGACACCUUCUGUCAUUGAUCACUGACAUCACUCACUGUAGAAGGAGUGGUAUGCUUACAUCUUAGGAAAAUCCUGAAAGGGCUGAGAGGACCAAGCCAUCAUAUCUCUCAUUCACUUUUCUCCCUCCCAGGAAUUUCCCAGAACUCCUAUAGUGAAAACAUGGCUAUAGAUAAGCAGGACUUCGUUAGUUUUUCAGCUGGGUAUACUUUAUUGAUGGUUUUGAUCGUGCAUAAAGCCGGGCGUACACUGUGCGACUUUUUCACUUUUUUGAGCCGAUUUUCCACUCGUGCGAGAAUCCACGACAUCGGGGCGAGUUUUGCGCCGAGCGGUCGUGUAGUGUACAGGGGGUUACGAGAGGCGAUUAACACCACGUGACCAGCUGCCGAUCAGGAGUCGUGAGGUCGCACGGACUUCUGGAGUGUUUGAUAUUUCGCUCGUCCCUCGUGAGGGUAUCGCACUGUUGAAGCGGCGCUGCGAGCAGCUGAGACCCAAAAUGUAUCAGAACCGCUCACGGCCCAUGCGCAAUCCUGCAUCAACGCCGCUCGCUAUUUCCCUAAUAACACACGCUGUUCAUUUUUGUUUCUACACGUUUUUUUACUCACAAAGAUUGUCAAGAAAGCGUGUUUGUCGUGUUCAUGUCAAAUUAAACUGAUCACAAAACACAGAUUCACUUUCUUUAUUUCGUUUUCCUCAUCCAACCCCCAUAAAUCCCUGUGUGUCCUCCUGCAGCACUCCCGAAGGACAACAGGCAAGACAAAAAAGUCUGACAUGUUGAGUAAAAACUGCUAUUUUUAGCAUAUUUUUAGGGCCGACGUGUUGCUACCAGACGUACAGUGUGAGCAGUCAGGUCGCAUGCGAGAACUGGGUUGUGCAGUGUGAGCACAUGACUCGUGAGAUCUGCCCUGCGAGGAAGUCGUACAGUUUGAGCUGAAGCUGAACGCUGCGAGUGAAAAAGUCGCACAGUGUACGCCCGGCUUAAAGCAUCCAUUGUGCUGUGGCAAGGACUUUAUUCCAGCAGCAGGGUCGUAAACAAAGCAUGGUGGCAAUGGUGGUAAUGGUUUCUUGGCACCAAACAUUUUAUGCUUGCAUGCAUAGAGCUAGCAUGAUCUUAUAGAGCAUACAUAAAGUAACACAGUAAAGUAACCAGUAGCCCUACUGGUUGAAAGUGGAAAUUACAACGGUCAUAAACACGUUGCAGCCUGCUGAAGCUCGUGUUAACAACAAACUAACACUAACAGGAGCCAACUAAUACCAAAACAAACCAUGAAGUAAAAAUAUCCAUGCUGUUGGACUAAAAACAUUACGUACAAGUCCAUUAGCAGCUAAGCCAGGUCACCAUCGGUCCAUGAUUUUGUAGACCGUGCCAAUGUUCAUUCUGGUUUUAGCUCUUUGCUUUGUCUCCAAAAACAUUACUCUUAUGCUUUAAAUUCCAGGCUCCGCCACGAUGCCAACAAAAGGCAAAUGUCUUCUUUUCUUUCGUCUUGUGAUUUUUAUUGACAAUCGGAAAACUGAAAAGCUAACUACUAGCACCGCAGCUAACAGCCAUGAACAGGUAAAGAGCUCCCUUCAUAGAGCGCCUACCCGCUCUACAAAACUGUUAAGUGCAGUAUCUGGCCAGUUGAGGGCUAUUGAAUCCAAAAGGUUCAAAUGAAGGCAACUGGACUUCUUUGAUUUCUUGAAGAAGUUUCGCUUCUCAUCCGAGGAGCUUUGCCUAUUCUGACUGGAAUAUGGGAGAGUCAAGCUUAUAAACUGUAGCUGUCUAUUGUUAUUUAACGAGCCAAAACUACUCUGGGUACCCCGCCUCUCCAUCCCCUGAUGAGUCGUUGGCCUCUGUUGAAUGGGGACAAAUACGAAACAGGUCAAGUUUCUAACUCAACAAUGACCGAGAUCAAUGUUAAAGCUGUAGCUUUAAGUUUUUAUAACUAUUCAAUGGUACAUGAAUCCUAGCUUAGUCUAAGAUAGGCCAUACCAGAUUGGGUCUGGGAUAUCGUACGAUCAUGUCUGUAUGGGUUUAGAUCCUUGUGGGAAAGGGUUUCUUAUGGAAAGACCAUGUGGUAAAAUAUCGAUGUAGUGUGUGUUGAUUAUUUGGACAUUUUUUUCUCUCUGAAGGAGAUUUUGCUAAUUUCCUGUGAAUCAUUCAUAUUAUAAUUGGUUGUGAAGACCAUAACAGGGUCCUAAUCCAGUGUGAUGGGAGUGCAAAGCUUAUUGUAUUCAUUUUGGCAUCAGUAUGACAUCAAAUUAUGCCUUCAAGGAUUUAAAGAAUUCACCAUGAAUCUUUGUAAGUCAGAGGGGGAUAUUAGAAUUUUUUUAUAUUCAGUAUUUUUGGCCGAAGGCCGUUUUUGUCUCCGAGUUUACUUACCGGUACUUAUGAAACCUAACACUGCUUGGAUAGGUUGAAACAACCUUGAGUCAGUUGUGAUUACUGUUCUAAAUCAAAAAUUGGCAACUGGAAGCCAUAUUACAAAGACUUCUUUGUAUUUUAAUAACAAUGAAUCAGUUUCAUGUUUUCAUUUACGUUCCGCCAGCAUGUUGCUGCCAAACUAGAUGAUGACGCAUUUUUGGAAUAAUGUUAGCUUAGUGUAAUGUCGAAAUAUGGCAAAGAUGAAGAAGAUUUGUGAAGAACAUCAACAGUUAUUACAACUUUGAGUAUAUAUAUAUAUAUAUAUAUAUGUGUGUGUGUGUGUGUGUGUGUGUGUGUUCUUUUUUAGCUCAUGAGUAGUUUAUUAGAUUUGAAAAAGUCAUUUUAAAACAACAUAAAGGAAAAUGAAAUAUAAAAAUCUUUUUUUGGAAACUAUUGAAGGCCGUUGAAUAUGUCGAUUGUUAUCUUUAACCUUGCCUCCAAUGCAGAUCUGCUCUAGCCAAACACACAAAGGCUGAUCACAUAAAGGACCUGUUGAAACAUCGUGCUUGUUGCAUGGAAACCAGCUCAAACAAGAUUUUAUGGCUUGUUAUUUGAAUGUAUGACCAUGUCUGAUUUGUAUUUCUAUGAGGAUAAUUUGUUUAUUUUGAACAACAAAACCAUACUAAUCAUAUUUUAUGACUGAUGCGCAUUUACAGUUUUUCCUAAAAUAUUUUUGGUAUAACAUCAUUCUGUCACGUUUUACAUGAAACCCUUGAAGUGGUCUUUAAAAAGAAAAUGUCAUGUUUGGAUAACACUCAGUUGCAGUUAAUAUGACUUUGACUUUAGGUUUGCUUAGAUCUUUUUUAGAAAGAGUUUUAUUUGUAUAUGACAAUAUUGCCACUUUCCAAUUAGAUUUUUUUUUUUGGCCCAAAACUUCUAAAUAGGCCUUUGUACAUCUGUUUCCCUGGUGAAAAGCUUUCUUGGCAUUGUUUUCAGAUUUAGUGUUACAUGAAAAUAAAAUGAAUUUACUCGAA